AUGACGGACGUGUAUUCGCUAUUCACAUUUCCUACGACGUCGCGCGGCUUCAGCGCGCUGCCCUCGCAGCCCCAAGCGUUCCCGAGCACCAAGGAUUCGUCCCGGUCUGCUUCUCCCCCACGCAAGAUCGCUCGUCUGGAUGGCGCGUCUGAUGCUCACUCCGCUUCUGCCCCCAGUUCGCGCGCAGGUGUUGCUGAGCCUGCGGACAAGAGGGGUCCGAUUGUCCUGCGGGUCGUUGGGCCAUCAAUUCAACCUACUCCUGACGGUGUGAGCAAUGAGGAAUACGGCCUCGUUAGACGCACUAUCAAGAUACUCCUUGAUCCAGAGGAAAAGUCGCCCUUGCCGGCUACGUAUGAUCGCAUCUCUCGUGCUUGCCGGGCUGUCGUGAACGAAGCGGGCAGAGGGGAGGGACUGUAUGAUUUCCUGAAGAUGGAGCUGGAACGGCGAGUCAGUAAAAUGGAGGAGAAACUGGGGGGUGAGCCUCGCAAGAGUGUGGAUUGGCUUGUUCCUUUCACGGAGACUUGCGAGUGGUUUGAGAAGCAAGUGGGCUUGCUGCAAUCUCUUCUCGCAUACCUUGACACGCUCUAUGUUGCGGAAAGAGGGCAUUUAAUUGGGACGAAGCAAUUGGCAUACACCAUGUUCACCAAUACAGUCGUCAAGAGCGUUAGAGUCACUGCGGCAAUCAUGGAUGGUAUUGCCGACUGGCUUGAAUGGGAGCGGACGCACAAAGCGACACAUCCCCUUCGGUCCUACCUUCCCAAGCUUGUUCGCCAUAUGCGGGCCCAUGAUCUCUAUGUGGAGAUUAUCGAGACACCGUACCUCAACCUAACGCACACCUACUAUAUCAAAGAGUCCAAUGACCUUGCAGAUGGUAACAAGCUCAAAGCGGACGAAUUCCUGGAACAUGUCAAACGUCGCUCCGCGGAGGAGCGAACUCGGGCAGACGAGGUAUUGAUUGAGAGCAGCGUGAAGUCGAUACAUGAUACUACGGACAACGCCCUCCUUGCAGGAAGGCUCCAGUGGUUGGCCAAUGACGCACUUGACACCCUUAUCAAGGGCCGGAACGACUCUCAAAUCAAGUCGAUGUACGAGCUGUUCGCCAAGGUCGGCGGCCUUAAAGUGCUCAGUGCCGCGUUCAAGGUGCACGUUCAGAAAGAAGUAAAGGGUAUCGUGACGGACGUCGCAAAUGACGAAGAAAUGGUCCCACGCCUUCUCGAGUUCAAAGCGUUCGCGGACAAGCUCGUCGCGACUUGCUUCGUCGAUGCAGUCCCCUCUCCUCCCGGCACAGCACCUUCACAAUCCCUCGCAUCCUCCUCUAGGACUCCCACGGCGGCGGCUUCUCAACCCGCUGUCCAGCCCAACCGAGACUUUGCUUACGGCCUCAUCGAUGCCUUCCAAGCCGGCUUCAAGUCGCGCCGGAUCAAGCCCGCAGAGAUGAUCGCAAAGCACUUGGAUAAGGCCAUGCGGCGGGGCCAGAAGGGCAAACGCGACGAGGACUUCGCCGCCGAGCUCGACGAGGUCCUGGCUCUGUACCGCUUCACGGACGACAUGGACGUCUUCCGCACGUUCUACCAGCGCGCGCUCGCCAAGCGGCUGCUCCUCGGCCGCAGCGCAAGCGACGACUUUGAGAAGGCGGUGCUGAAGAAGCUCAGAGAACAAUAUGACCCGGACUUUGGCAAUGGGGACAAGAUGUUCAACGACCUUGAUCUGUCGCGCGAGUUGAUGGCCAGGUUCUACAAGGAGAAGAAGGUGGACGAGUCGAGUUCGCUGCACAAGCUGACGGCUAUGGUCCUGCAACGGAGCUCUUGGCCGUUCGCGGCGCGCAAGACGGACAUCCUUCUCCCGGGAUGGAUGCAAGAUGACCUCUCUACCUUUGCGAACUACUACAAGUCGAAACACCAAGGACGAGCGCUAGAUUGGGACCACGCCCUAGGCACUGCGACGUUGAAGGCACGCUUCAAGGCGGGCAACAAGGAGCUCUCUGUGAGCCUGUACCAAGCGGUCAUCCUGCUGUUGUUCAACGAGGAAGAGGAACUGGCGUACGCUGACAUCAAGGAGCAAACUCGAUUAGACGACGGCGAGCUGCAGCGGACGCUGCAAAGUCUCGCUUGCGGGAAGAAGCGGGUGUUGAAGAAGACACCGGCGGGGAAGGAAGUGAACAUGACGGACACGUUCCUAUUCAACGUCGACUUUACGGACCCACGCCACGUCGUCCACAUCAACUCCAUCCAGUCCAAAGAGACGCCCGAAGAGACGAAGCGGACACAGAGCUCGAUCGAGGCGGACCGGAAGCACGCGCUGGACGCCGCGAUCGUGCGGGUGAUGAAGGGCAAGAAGGAGCUCACGUACGAGCAGCUGAAGACGGCGACGAUCGAGGCGGUCAAGAACCACUUUGUGCCCGAGGUGUCGAUGAUCAAGAAGCGGAUUGAGGGCUUGGUGGAGCAGGAGUACUUGCGGCGGGACGAAGAGGACCAGAACCGGUUCUUCUACGUCGCGUAGGGGCUACGACGUUUCAAAGAGCUCGGAUGCGGGCGGACCUAAGACACGUGCUACCGGAGCCGGGCGCGCGGUAACGACUUAAGGGGGAGUGCGACUACCAGUGCGAUAGACUAGUUGCAGUCAAGCUACCCACUACUCCAGGGCGAGGCGGCGAAGUUGGGCAUGUCGUGAAUGGACGCGCUCGAGAAUGUCAGGCUUUGCGCGACGGAUCUGGACCACGGUCGACUGUGCCUAGAGUGAUCCCUGGAGACCUGGCCAGCAGCCGGGCGACACACUGUGAUGCGGACCAAUAGUGAAGUGUGUGUACAGUCCGCUGAAGCUGAGAGCUGGCGGUGGCCACCGCGGCCACCCGCGCUGUUGAUGAGCGACGCUGAGAACAUCGAGACCGUU